AAGUAUGUUACAGAAUUUAGAGCAAAAAAAGUCAUUUCCGAUCGGUAGAAAAAAGUAUCCAAAAUUAAUCGAUCAACGCCGCUGGGAUGUCCAACUUUUUCUCCAAGGCGGAGGUGACAAGCAGCGGCCGCCCUGUCCUCCUCCGCAACGAAGUCGAAUGCCACCUUCUCUCCGCCGUCGACCUCGAACCUGAAGACCACCGUCACUUCUCCCUCUUAAAAUCGGGUCUCCUCAUCCUCACCACCCACCGCCUCAUCUGGCUACCUUCUUCUUCCGCCUCCACCCCUACUUGCGCCUCAGCCAUCCCUCUUGCUGCCAUUUCCCACAUCUUCUCUUCCAAAAAAUCUCUCAAGUCCGUCUUCCACUCCCCUAGGAUCCGCUUCCAAGUCCUCGUCUCGUCCACUGUUCGGGUCUUCGAUCCAGGAUCCGGGUCUGGUUCCAGUUCAGGUUCGGGCUCGAGAUCAGUCGUAGUAACGGCAGUGAUUAGAGGGAAGGGGGACUGUGAUGGGUUUUUGGUGAAGUUUUGGGACAGUUGGCGGGCGAGAGCUUGGGAGACUACUGAGACUUCAGGUUCUGGCUCAGCUUCGGCUUCGGGUUCAGGGGCAGCUACAGGAACCGGUGGAGGGUUGUACUCGAGUGAUGGGUCGGUGAGGAUGGUUGGGGUGGCGGGUAUUUUAAGGAAGGAGCAAGAAAUGUGGGAGAGUACUGAUAAGAAUUUGCAGGAUGCUUUUCAGGACUUAAAUGCUCUCAUGAGUAAAGCUAAAGAGAUGGUGACGCUAGCAGAAAAAAUGAGACUAAAGCUUUUGUCCGGAACGAGUUCUCAAACAAGUGGAACAAAUGAUGAGGAUAUGGGUUCAAAGGAAGAGAUGCAAGAUUGGUUGUUGAGUGUUGGCAUAAUAUCCCCAGUCACUAAAGAGUCUGCAGGUGCCCUGUACCAUCAACAAUUGUCCCGUCAGCUGGCAGAUUUUGUGAGAGUUCCACUGGAGAGAGCAGGUGGAAUGAUCAACCUUAUAGAUGCCUAUUGUCUCUUCAAUCGUGCUCGUGGCACAGAAUUGAUCUCUCCAGAUGAUAUGUUGCAAGCGUGUUCUUUGUGGGAGAAAUUUGAUGUUCCAGUGAUGCUUAGGAAGUUUGAUAGCGGAGUUAUGGUGAUCCAAAACAAGUCCCAUAGUGAUGAGGAGGUUUUUGCUAGAAUCAAAAGCCUUGUGACUAAGCCUGAAGCGCUUCGAACUGGUAUAAGCCCAACUGAUACUGCAAUGACAUUAGGGAUUGCUCCGGCCAUGGCCAAGGAGCAUCUUCUAACUGCAGAGAGCAAAGGUUUGCUAUGCAGGGAUAUAAGCCCCGAUGGCUUUCGGUUUUAUAUUAACCUGUUUCCUGAAAUUGACCCAUGUAAUAUGUAUUUUGUGAAGGGUUAUGGGAUCUGCAGUACUUGGAUCAAAGCAGUUUCUACUACCGACAUUAAAAGCAUCCAUCAACAUCAUCCAUCCACUUGCGCAAGCAAUUGAAACAAGGCUAAGUGAUUGAAUUCAUUGACCCUAUUUCAUUUUAUAAUCUAUGAAUUGAGUCUGACUCAAACUUACCUCUUUUUUUUUUGAGUUAUAUCCUUCAUUCGAUUUUUAUUUUUUAUUUAUUUUGCGAUAUAAAAAUAAAUAUUUUAUAUUUAAAAUAGUGAAAUUGAAAAUUAUUGUAUUUUAGAGAUAUUUAUAAAAAUAAAUUGUCAAAUAAUAUUCAAAAAUCAUAAAAUAAAAUUUAUUUUAUUAAAAUUUAAAAUAAAAAUUAAUAUGAAAAAAUCGAGAUGUGUCCUUUACUCUUUGUCUCGGUACCUUACCUUUCAAUAUUUUCACUUUUACCUGUAUCUUUUACUUAAAUCUAAUAUUAUCUUCUAAUUUCUCCUUUUUAAAUUUAAAAUACUAUUUCUACAUUUAUAUGUGCCCGAACCCGAUGGCUUGGCUAUUGGCUUCAACGCAUAUCUAUAUUUUUAAAAUUUAAAAAAUAAAAUAAUUAAAACAUUUUACAAAAAAAAAA